GGUGAUCCCAAGUUUCUAUAUAAACAUCCAUAGUGAACUCUUCUCAAACACAAGAAAGCCUGUCAUAAAAUUGAAAUACUUACCAAAACAGAAAUUAGUCUCCAUGUAUAGGAUUGAGUUGCCUGAAUUUCUUGGCACGGAGAGCCAUGUUGAAUUUGUGACUGAUUUGGAGGGUACAUGGGCUGAGCGCACCCCGAUUAACAUCGUAGUUCCAAGCAAAAAGAAGCAGCAACAAAAGUCUCACAUGAAGAAGGAAUACCCUCCAACGUUGACUUGGCUUGCAAGAACUGAUGGACAACCGACGUCACGUGUGAAAUGGGUGAUGAAGCGGAACUACACACAUGACGAAAGGCUUAUCAUCACCAAGGAAAAGUCAAAGCGAUAUGAGUAUUUUCAGGUUGAUCGUUCUGAUGGCAAGCUCCGAGCCGACCUCAUCCAACUCCAUGAACACAUGGUGGAGGGGAGGAUCUCUGAAAGGUCCAGUGUGAUGGAGUCUAGCUUUGGGACAGAGGUUACAUUGGUGGAAGGUGCUUCUAAAUUAAGCAUCAACGAUGAGAAUGGCAAUGGCGGAGGAAACAAGUGUUCAACCCUCAUUGGUUUUGGUGUGGCAAUGUCAACCAUAAACCCCAUUCAGACAUAAUCAAGCAAUUAGAAUUGUCUCCGUUACUGCUCAUUUAUGAUGCAACAUAAAGAAAAUCUUAAUUAAUGUGCACAAAUGUCUCGAUCUAUGCAUUUAGAUGAGGAGUCUAGUAAUGCACAUCAAUAGUAAGUAGUAUAACUUCAUUUCAUAUGUCGACCUUUUCAAUGGUCAUCUUCUGUCUUAGCCAAUAACUUAUUGAGGUACUAAGUGUCAAUCUUAUGCGAGUUGGGUCUGUCGAUCAAACUUGCCUAGUUACCCCCCCGUCUUUCAGAUCUCUUGUCAUUUCCAUCUUGGUCUAUUUGUCUGAGUCUUGAACUUGAAAAUGAAAAUUAAAAUUGUA